GUUCGGAGCCCGGCGCGCCGAGCAUUCGGACAUGCCCCGCUACGAGCUGGCUUUGAUUCUGAAAGCCAUGCAGCGGGGUUGGUACAGUAGGCUUCACUAGACUUAGCUGCAACUCAGAAUUUCUCCUCCAGCACCUGAGUAAAUGCUGAUGGUCUUGUGGAGAGUGGAUUAAGAGUACGAGCUAAGUUCUCGAUCCCAAUUAAGAAGCGGAGGAAAAUUUAACUGUCUCCUUCAAAGUUUAUCACCACCAUCAAGACAGCAAACCAAAGGACAAAGACUUUGACCUGCUGUGUUGCUCUCUGUAGUCCAGUUCACGUAUGGUUUACAAACUUGACUGGGGUUACUAAUAAGUAAGAAAAGUUGGACACUUCUGUCAUUUGGACAUUUAUUCAGAAGUUACCAGAAUGAGGGCUGUACUGGAGACAGCAGACAUUGCCAUAGUGGCCCUGUAUUUUAUCCUGGUCAUGUGCAUUGGUUUUUUUGCCAUGUGGAAAUCUAAUAGAAGCACCGUGAGUGGAUACUUCUUGGCGGGGCGCUCUAUGACCUGGGUAGCAAUUGGUGCCUCUCUGUUUGUGAGCAAUAUUGGGAGUGAGCACUUCAUUGGGCUGGCAGGAUCUGGAGCUGCAAGUGGAUUUGCAGUGGGCGCAUGGGAAUUCAAUGCCUUACUGCUUUUGCAACUUCUGGGAUGGGUUUUCAUUCCAAUUUACAUCCGAUCAGGGGUGUACACCAUGCCUGAAUACUUGUCCAAGCGAUUUGGUGGCCAUAGGAUUCAGGUCUAUUUUGCAGCCUUGUCUCUGAUUCUUUAUAUCUUCACCAAACUCUCAGUGGAUCUGUAUUCGGGCGCCCUUUUUAUCCAGGAGUCUUUGGGUUGGAACCUUUAUGUGUCUGUCAUCCUGCUCAUUGGCAUGACUGCUUUACUGACUGUCACCGGAGGCCUUGUUGCAGUGAUCUACACAGACACUUUGCAGGCCCUGCUCAUGAUUAUUGGGGCACUCACACUUAUGAUUAUUAGCAUGAUGGAGAUUGGUGGGUUUGAGGAAGUUAAGAGAAGGUACAUGUUGGCCUCACCCAAUGUCUCUUCCAUCUUGUUGACGUACAACCUUUCUCACACAAAUUCUUGUACUGUCCACCCUAAGAAAGAAGCCUUAAAAAUGUUACGGGAUCCAACAGAUGAAGAUGUUCCAUGGCCUGGAUUCAUUCUUGGGCAGACCCCGGCCUCAGUGUGGUACUGGUGUGCUGACCAAGUCAUCGUCCAGAGGGUCCUAGCAGCCAAAAACAUUGCUCAUGCCAAAGGCUCUACUCUUAUGGCUGGCUUCUUGAAGCUUCUGCCAAUGUUUAUCAUAGUUGUUCCAGGAAUGAUUUCCAGGAUACUGUUUGUUGAUGAUAUAGCUUGCAUCAACCCGGAACACUGCAUGAAAGUGUGUGGAAGCAGAGCUGGGUGCUCCAAUAUUGCUUACCCGCGCCUGGUGAUGAAACUGGUUCCUGUGGGGCUUCGGGGAUUGAUGAUGGCAGUGAUGAUUGCGGCUCUGAUGAGUGACUUGGACUCUAUCUUUAACAGUGCCAGUACCAUAUUCACCCUCGAUGUGUACAAACUCAUCCGCAAGAGUGCAAGCUCCCGGGAACUAAUGAUUGUGGGGAGGAUAUUUGUGGCUUUUAUGGUGGUAAUCAGCAUAGCAUGGGUGCCAAUCAUCGUGGAGAUGCAAGGAGGCCAGAUGUACCUUUAUAUUCAGGAAGUAGCAGAUUACCUGACACCCCCAGUGGCAGCCCUGUUCCUUCUGGCAAUUUUCUGGAAGCGCUGCAAUGAACAAGGGGCUUUCUAUGGUGGAAUGGCUGGCUUUGUUCUUGGAGCAGUCCGUUUGAUACUAGCCUUUACCUACCGUGCCCCAGAGUGUGACCAACCUGAUAACAGGCCGGGCUUCAUCAAAGAUAUCCAUUAUAUGUAUGUGGCCACAGCAUUGUUUUGGGUGACAGGACUCAUUACUGUAAUUGUUAGCCUCCUCACACCACCACCUACAAAGGAACAGAUUCGUACCACCACCUUUUGGUCUAAGAAGAAUGUGGUGUCAAAGGAGAGUUGUUCUCAGAAAGAUGAACUAUACAGAAUGCAAGAGAAGAGCAUUCUCAGAUGCAAUGAGAACAGUGAGGCCAUUAACCACGUCAUUCCCAAUGGGAAAUCUGAAGAUAGCAUAAAGGGCUUACAGCCUGAAGAUGUUAAUCUGUUGGUGACUUGCAGAGAAGAAGGCAAUCCGGUGGCUUCCUUGGGUCAUUCAGAGGCAGAAACACCGGUAGAUGCUUAUUCCAAUGGGCAAGCAGCUCUCAUGGGUGAGAAAGAAAGAAAGAAAGAAACAGAGAAUGGAAACCGGUACUGGAAGUUCAUAGACUGGUUUUGUGGCUUUAAAAGUAAGAGCCUCAGCAAGAGGAGUCUCAGAGACCUGAUGGAGGAGGAGGCCGUUUGUUUACAAAUGUUAGAAGAGACUCCCAAAGUUAAAGUGAUACUAAACAUUGGACUUUUUGCUGUGUGUUCACUUGGAAUUUUCAUGUUUGUGUAUUUUUCCUUAUGAACUUAAGGAUAUAGUGAGAUACCUAACUUAAAAAAGUACUGGUCUUUGGAAAAAAAUUAUGUAACUGUUGCAUCUCUCAGGCAUUGUUUACUUGGUAGGUUUUUAGCCAAAUUUUACUUAGUGUAAAAUCAUCUAUUUGUAAAACUUUAUUUUCCCAGAGAUGGAUGAAAGUAAAUCUUCAACUUAAAUGAAACAAAACAGACUGAACAGUGCAACAGUGUGGUUAAAAUUUUUCCAUACCAAAGUUAGGAGAGACCAAUUAUUCUCAUAGAGAACUUAAAGCAGAAUAUAUGUUAAAAGUGUCAUGAAUAAGGUAUAUUGUCUGCACUGCUAACUUUUGGUAGACCUUAUGCUGAAGUAGAAGAUUUGCUCAUUUCUAAGUUUUUCUGUCUCUUAAUUCCUACUACCAUUAAAGAAAAAUGAAGUUUGAGACAUACAAUCAGUUAUGUACUGAAAAUCUAAUAUGUUUGUUUGUACCCAUUUCAGGACAGGUUGAUUGCCAGGUUUAAUUUUGUUAACAUAAAGUCUGGAUUCUGAUUGCCAAAAGAAAGGUAGAAUAUUUGCCUGUAGGUAUUUUUGUACCAUCUUUAUGUGUAAUAUUGGAGGGGAAUAUUCCAUUGUGCUGUCACCCCCCCCUUUCCUAUUUUCAUUGAAGCUUAAGGAAGCAUACCCAAAAUGACCAAGUCAGCCUAGAAAGUUACAUGUCAUAGUUUAAUUAUUAAAUGAUUGUGAGGGGAACUGAAAUAAGUGUUGCUGAUGACCCCCACACUUGUUGACCAAAUUUAAGGACUUUUUAAAGUACAGUUUAGGAAUUACUAGAUACCUAGCAGUGUUUGAUUAACCUGUGCUGAACACACGAGUAAGCAUACUCCAUCAGGUUUCCCUGAUAUUUUUUAUCCCCCUUGUAUUCUUUAUUAGACACAUCCUUUCCCAAAUGGAUUAAGUUGGAGGAUGCAUCCAAAUAUCCUAAAGAAAAACUGACACUGCUUUUGUGUGCUGAGUUACCCCACUUGAUUAGAGCAUGAUAUAUUAAGGUUGACGUUUCAGAAGAGAAUUUUAGUUCUGGAAUCAUUACAUUCUUGAUAACAUUGCUCCUCUAUCCCCUAUCCUCCCCCCCCCCCAAUGCCCUGCCAUCUGUACACAUCCUCUACAUCUUUGUUAUAUAGUGUAUUAAAGCAUGAGGAUGUUUCAAUGCAAACUGGCCAUCAGUAACAGGAAACUCAAGAGUGCAUGCUGGCCACUUGUAGAUUUUCAGUAUAGUCAUUUUUUGUGUAACGUAUAGCAUGUUCAAGAGGUGCCAUGAACAAGAACUUUGGAGUAUAGUAGUGCACUUGUAGAGAUGAUUACAGGACUUGCGUAAAUUUUAAGACCCUUCUCUUGACAUGGCUUAGUUUGUCCCAGUUGCAGCAUCCGUGGAUGGGAAUAUUUUUCACAGGCUGUUUCUACUUAGAACAGGGUACAAAAGAUGUUAGAGAAAAUCUCUAUAGAUUAUAUAGUACUGUGUCCUCCAUGAAAGAAAGCUAAUUAUGUAUCUACUUUCUUUGAUUUUCUUUAAAAUGAUGCUUUUUAAAUUGCAUGAUUUUUAUUAAGCUUGUAUUAGGGAAAAUCACUUUUGUAGAUAAUUUUGUAGAUUUUGAUUCAAAACUCAGCCUUGAUGACUUCAGAUUUUUUUUUUUUUUUUUGUAGUGUACAAACCUGUUGUUUAUGAUAGACUCAAUUAGUCCAAAGUUGAUUUUAGAAGAUACCAGGUAGAGCAUAAUGUCUUUCCAUCUUCAGAAGACUUUGUCAUGGACUGAGUAGGUAGAUGAAAAGUAAUUUAUUGUGAAUAGCAUGUAUUUCUAAAGAGCUGUAGAGUGCCUUGUAGAAUUUUUUCCCCCCAAUUUGAUGAAGCUUACAAUCUGGGGGUAAAUAGAUAGGGACCAUCUUUUUGUAUGGAAGUUGAGGCUGUAACUUGUCUCAGAUCAUAAAAUCUAUUUGGGAAGAACAGAAGCCAGGUCACCAAAUCUGGACAAAGUGUUUGUCCAGAUGUUUCUAACAAACCAUUUGGUUUUUCAGUGCUUUGUGCAAUUUUUCCAAAAGAAAUAUUCGUCCUUCAAGACAACUUUUUGUUAUUUGAGAAAGUAAUAGAAUAUUAGGCUUUCAGAACUGGCAUUAAAUUGUAGAAAUUAACAUUGGCUUUGACUCUGAACAUACUGCCAUAUAACUCAGCAGUGAGAAUUAACACAUUGGCUGGGCACUCUUCCUUCUUUUCACAGUGUAAGUGAAUAGAAAGUAUUUAUAGAUUUUUCUGUAUUUAAUGUUGUGUCUUACUAGGUUGGAUUAUUAGUGUCUCCCUACCUUCUCUCUCAUGUCUUAGUAAGAUACAUAAAAUAUAUCCAUCUUGUGUGUAUAUAUAACAGUAGGUUAAGUUUAGGGUAUUAAUGUCUGUAAAUAAGGAAUGACUGUUAGUAUUUCCAAUAGAAUUGUUUAUUCUUGCCAGUAUAAACAUCAGUUUAGUUAAAACUGAAGUCCCUGAAGCUUGCUGUGCUUGUGACUUUCCAUUAAUAAUGUGCUUGAAUAGGUAUGUGAAUUUCUGAUGGCAGCUUCAUUUCAGGAGACUUAUUUCGUCUAUUUUUCAUUAGAAUGAUUGUUCCUGGAAUGUUGUAUGGACUGUCUUCAAGCUAGAGAAAUGUUAUUUUAUAGGUGAUACUGAUCUCUGUAGACAUCAAUGUACAUUUUUAUAUUUGCUCAAGCUGAGUUUCAAAAUUGACCCAAGAUAAGGAGAUAAGGUUACUAAUCUUUUAAGGUGGAGAAAAAUACCAAGGUGAAGAGAACCUGUAGAUGUUUCCCAGCUCCUAGAUUUUUGUUUUCUUAGGCAGUCUUUCUUGCCUCUGGAUCUGAUGAGAAAGGCUGAGGCACACUGGUACACAGCAUGGCUCUUGUCUCUUUUGUGGGACCUCCUAUCUUCUGUUCAUCUCAGAAGAGUAACUAGCUGAGCUAACCUUUUUUCUUUAGCCAUUCUUUCCUGGGAGGUUACCAUUUUUCUCUCUAUAGAGCGCAUCAAACAAUAUAAAUGGUAUGCCUUUUAGCCUAAGUUCAAUAGAUUUCAAUCUCUAGGGCUUCCUUUUCACUUGACUGAAAUGAUCUUGGUUGUCUUUUUGAGUACAGACUACCUAGGGUCCUGUAGUCUUAGCCCUUAGGGAGUCCAUCUCAAAAAAUAAGCAGAGAUCUAUCAUUUUGUGAAAUUUCCCAUUUUAAGAAUUGGGUCGGAGGGUUGUUGCUCAGUUCUUUUAUCUAAAGUCUUGUCUUGUUUUCUGUAUUGGCAAUCCAUGACUUUUUCUUUCUGUAUACAAGGUGGACAGAUUUCCCCAUCUUUGAAAACCAUUUCAUGUAGCCUAUGGGUUCUCAUUCUUUUUUGCCAAGUAAAUGACCUAUUUCAAUGGUGGCAAACCUAUGCCAUGUGGGUUGCAGUGGGCUGUUUGUAUCAUAGAAACUCUAAAAGGUUCGCUACCACUGACGUAUCUAUGUUGUCAUUAAAAGAAUAGGUCCUUCAAUGUUCUUGUCUGGCAGUGUUAGGUGUACUUGAUUCCUUCAGGUUUUACUCCUUGUCUCUAUCUGAGGCAUGAUGACAGGAAAGAAAACCACAUGUGCUACUACUAGUGACACCUCACCAUUCUGAGUUUGAGUUGAGACAAGAUGUGUACAAAGCCUUCUUGUUAAAUUAUGUAAUUGUAGAGCCUUGCAAGUAUAAAAUUUUCCUGAGAAAUCAGGAAAACUGUUAAGAUGCUGAUUAGUACUUAAGUGAUACAAAUGAGAACAAGUUGGCAGAGGAACAAAUGUUAGCUUGAUUCUAGAGCCCAAAGCAUCUUGGUUAUCAGCCAAUUUUAGCAAGUUUCUGUUGGCUUGUACCACUGCCAGUGGUUCAGUGUUGUCCAGUGGUAAACUACAGUUCUGUAUGGCCUUGUCCAGUGCUAUGUGAACAUGUUGAGCCACUCCCCUUGUAAAUGAGAGUAUUAGGGAGUAAGAUCUAGCUUGGUAACUUAUUUAAUCUUAUGUACACAUUAACUUUAAAGGUUAAUAUGACUGAUGUGUGAUACUAAUAAUUUAGUCAGAAAAGUACUUGUGGGUUUCAGUAUCCAUGAGAUUUCUUCUGUGCCAGGUACUAAAGUGCUAAAUUUAUUUCAUUGUUGAUAUUAUUACCCCGAGCAGACUUUGUAAAUGGCACGCAUUGCUAUACAUGUGUGCAUACUUUUAACGUGGUCUUUUUGUCUCCUCUCACGUUGAUUUGUUAGUUCUUUGCCAAAUUCUCAUUUUUCUUAAUUUUUUUUUGUCAGCUUACUUCAUUUUCAGGCAUAUUGUCUCGGUAUUUAAAACUGCUACUUUGCCCCUAAAUUAAGGACUAAGAUCAAAAUGACAAAAUAUUGGGUAAUAGUUAUGUUUAAGUGUACUAAAUUUAUGCUGGCCAAAAAUGUCAAUUUUUGAGAAUAAUUUCCUUAGGUUUGUGUUGGUUAAUAAUAGAAACUAAUAGUUAAGUCAGGUUUUUUUUUUUUUAUUCUCAAAACAUCAUUUUCAAAAAUUAGGGAGAAAGUGAUAGUGAAAAUUUGAAGUGAUGAUGCGAUCAGAUUGCAGAGAAGCAGUACUUUAUUUAUAUGCCCAAAAUGUUCUGUUGUUUUCAGCACAUAAAGCUAAAAAGUUGAAACUUGUCAGUUGGCAGAUAGAGAAACCCAUUUGUAUUGGUAGUCCUGAGGCUAGAUUGUAUAAAAUGUAACGUUUAGAUUACUGGAUUUGUUGGUUUAACUUGGUACAGAUCCUCCUUGUUAAAGUCGAGUCUGUCCUCUGUUGGAAUAGUGUAGCUGCUCAGCUACUUCAGUUCCUAGUAGAGAAUGAAGCAGAUCUGAGUCCCACACCAUUAUUUAUUCAUUUACUCAUGUGAAUGUUUGUCUUUAAAUGUCUCCCUUACCAGUGCUGGACCUAAACUAUUGAGCACCUUUAGAGAAAUGGUGUGAAACUGAUAUAAUUUGUAUUUAUCUCAAUCAACUCCUUUAAGCAGAUUGGAGUUUGUACCCCAUUUAUUGGAUAACCAACAUAACUGUUGACAGAUAGUCUUUUUUCUUAGAAAUGAACAGAAAAGGUUUGGUAUAUCUGUAUCAUGUACUUUACUUUUCAGGGGAGUAUCGUAAAUCAUCUGUGGCUGUUGACUUAAUUCAGUAACCUUACUGUGUAUAACAGUGCUUGAAUUUAGUUACCUUAAACAGUAUUGAAGAGAAGGGUCUAAAGAGCAAAUUAUGGUGUCAGAUUCUCCUUGUAAAGGACCAGUGGUUUUGUAAUUCUCAGAAAGGGAGAAAAGAACUUUGCUGUUGCCUGUGAUAAAUAAUACCCCCCCAUUCCAUCAGGAUGAUUAUGUUCAGUGUACCCUACCAGUAAGGGCAAUGUAUAUUACAGUGGUUUUCACAACAGCUCAAGUUGAGAGUAGAUAUUUACAACCUAAUUCCUUGAUGAAUUUACUCUGUUCACUACUGCUGCUGGAUAAAGGACUUGAUUUACUGCUUUUAGAUAAAGUAGAUAAAGUUUCAGUUUAUCAAUAUAGCCUCGACCAGUGGUGACAAACCUAUGGCACAUACCCUGCAGAGGGCUGUUUGAAUUAUUGAAAGCUCUAAAAUGUUUGCUAUCAAGGGCCUAGAUUUACAUGAGUAGAAUAAAUGUUCAUUAGUAACUCACUUUUUUCUUGUGAUAAUUGAAAAUGAAGUUAGGCUUAUUGUUGUUGAAUUCCCAAAUUGGCAAAGGCCAAUAGAUAUGGUAUUCCAUUGUAACCAGCUUUUGAAACUUAGAUGUUUGGAUUAGUGCCUUCUGGGUGUCAGUAUUGACGAAUAGCUUGUGCCCCCCUUUUUUUUUUAAGAACAAAAUUCUUUGUUCUUAAAUUUUGUUAUAACUAAUGAACAUUUAAAAAGAAGCCCACAUAUUUACAUACAUUACAUGUAGCUUUUAGGUUCAGGAAACAGUAGCUUGGUUAAUUUUGUUGUAGUCUAAUGUUAUUUAUCUUUUUUAUAUUCAUAAUUAAAAUGUUAAAGUCAUAUUUCUGUUGUAUCAUUUUCCUUUGUAGGUUUGAAAAGUAUGUCUGAGGACACAUAACAGUUAAUAUUUCAUGAUAGAGAAAAGCUAAUGGUCCGUAGAAAGCACAAAAUCAUUUUCAAGUGUGUGUCUCCACACGUAGAAAGCACAAAACUGAUAGUAUUCUUAGUAACCGACAAGUGCCAGUCAUUAACUUCCCAAGUAUUUAUCUCAGAGUUGUUAUAAGGACUACAGUAGUGCAAGCUGUAGAAAAUGAGGCAUCUCAGUUACAAGUGAUCCCUAAGUGAUGAAGGAUUCAAGGUAAUAAUGUUUGUUCUGCUUUGGUGGAGAGAGAAUACAAAGGUCCAGAAAAAUGUGAUUGUAUUUGGGGGUUGCUAAUAGAGAUGGAGUCUUCAGGUUAAUUUCCACAAUCUGAAAAUAAAGAAAUAAGGAUAGACAUUCAGGGUUUUGGUGAGAACUCAUAACUUUUUGCUCUAAGCUAUAGAGCCAUUGGAGGUUUUUUCCUUUUUUUUUUUUUUUUUUUUAAUCUUGCCUUGUGAAAAUAAUACCUUUCAUCAGUGGUACUCUAAGAAACAUGGAGAUGUUCACAUUUUCAUAGGGUAAAUACUGAUUUAAUUUUUGUGCAGGUUGUAUUUGAGAGUGAAGUAAUCUUUAUUUUCUUCAUAUGCUUGAUUGUUUCAUUUUAGUGGAGAGUGUUCUGAGCAUUAAACUAAUCCUGAGACAGAUUUACAAACAAGAAUCACUUUGCUUUUUCACAAUGGCACUAAUAACGAAAGAUUCUUUAUAUGUCCCAUCAUUCUCAAGACCAGAUUUAGAGGAAUCUGUGAAUAUGCUUUCAAAAAAGGACAAUACAUUUCUUCCACCCAGCAACUCCCUUAUCUUGUCUCUCACUUCAUUUAUUUCCAAAUGGUCCACACUUAGCAAGAGUAAAUAAAUAGCUGUAUCUUGAAUUUUGUCUGAAUGUCAAAUACAGUUCUUAGGAGAGAAGUAAAUUCCUUGUUCCUGCUCUUCUGUAUUUUGUGUGUUUAUCUUCUUAGGGGUGGGCUUGGUCAAAUCUCAUAUGUCUAGAAUUAAGAUUAUAGUUUGUGUAGGCUAAUGUGACAUGUUUUAGGUGAGGUAACCUGAACAUUUUGAGGGAGAUUCCUCUUUCCAGCACAAAGCUAGCCAGGUGUUUAUCCAUAUUAUUUUAGAAUGUAAAACCUUAGGCUUGAGAGGGCAGUGUCAGGGGAGAGGAAUACCAGGAAUGGAAGGAACUGGAGAAGUUUGAGGAGCAAGCACCCUUGGCUUAGCAGAAUGUGAAAAUGCAAAUCAGUUAUAAUCUGUUAGUCCUGUAUACUAUGUAUUCUGUACUGUUAAGUUUAAAAUAGCUUAUUAGAACUUAAUGAAAUACUACUUUUGAAAAUUCCUUUGGCAGAGAUAUCUUGGAUUUAUAAUUCCAUGGAAAACUGCUUUAAUUAGCCUAGGUGAAAAGUAGCCCUAGCAGUGUAAAUAUGUAUAGUUAAAAUUUUCUAAUUUCACUGUGAGAUUUCAGACUUUCAGUGGCAAACAGAUCAAGUCUUGCUCAUGGACUUUUCUGUGGGGUUGUUAAAAUGCAAAAGCUUUAUUUUUUUUAAUAAUGACAUACUACAUUAGUGUCAGAUAAUGGUAUGGAAUCUGUAACCUGCUUUCCCCAGCCAUUAUUGCUUCAGUUUAUAGAUUGCCAGCAGAGUUCAGCAAUAGAUCAGGGAUUUACCACUCAUUCUUUGCUUGGAUGUCCCGUGUUCUCUUUCUAGACCUGUGUUGGCAAUCACAGUAUGAACUGUGUUAGGCUUCUCAGUGCUUUUUUUUUUCUUUUUUGAUAAGAUGGAUAUCAAAAAUAGUUGCUGUGCAAAAGUUAGUAGUCUUCUUCAAGAAGAAAAACAAUUCCUUUUCUAAUAAUAUCCUGUGAAAUUGCUUCAUUCAUUCCUUUGUUUUUAAGCCAAAUGUCAGCAGAGUACUGCUGCUUUUAUCUAGUAAUUUUGAUAUGUAAGUAUUCAUGCAUUUUUAAAAAUGUCUACAUUGCAUAAUAUUUUUCCCAGUGUCCUGCCUAUUAUGCUUUCAGAUUUUUUGUAAAAGUCCAGUCGGUACACUGGGAGUUGUAUUGUGUUCAUGUAUCAUUUUAGUCAUUUAGCAGUUGUAGAGCAAAUGUGAUUAUAAUGAAUUUGAUGAAUUAAUUUUGUUAAUGAAUUUUUUAUUGUAAACUGAUUAAUAAUUUACCCUUGUUCACAGCUUUUUGUUUUAAAGUUUAACUAAUUGGGUCCAUUUUACUGUGCAGUGUUUUAGUUGCCAGCAGAAAGUAGAAUUUGGUAUAAACCAGGUUAUUUCCAUAUUGAAGGGAAAAUAAUUAAAAUUGUAGUUUUAAAAUUCUUAACCAUUUACAAUAAUUCUAACUUUAUUGUAUACAAUCUGAUUUUUAAAAUUGUAGACGUGUGAUCCUUGAUUUAAUGUAUUUUAAAAGUGUUACUGAGGUAAAUCUAAUGAGCUGUCAGUUUUCAUUACUGACUCUGUAAAAUACACUGUUCUUUAUGUACUGUGUGUUAUUUUGCCAGCUGCUGCAUUAGCCUUCAGAAGUAUUUGGAAAUUUAAGAUGAACUACAUUUCUUGCAAAGUACAUUCCUUUCUGUGGUAUUUUGUCUUGUAACUGAAGUAUAGUAAUUAUUUUAUGGAAAUGUUAGCACUUCUGUACCAACUUUGAAUAAAAUGAAAAAUUGA